UCUACAUCAUCUACAAUAGAUAAUAAUCUAGAUUCUAUUUUCCCCCCUUUAAGUAGUUUUAGAUCUAGACCUAUAUCCGGUAUCAGUGUUUACAAUAUCAUGGGCUCAGCUGUGUUCGUGAUAAAAUGUUGCUACGUUGUCGUUGGCACAUGUAAAGCAGCGCGUGUGUUGUGUACCAGCUCUCAAUUCAUAGAGAGCCAAUAGAGGCACCCAAGGAUUAUAUAAUCAACUUAUAAUAACUAAAAAGUGACACUAAAGACAUUAUUACAAAUGUUAGUUACACAUUAUGGGAGACGUAGCCCUGGAAGGCCUCAGACAACGAUCUAGGCCAUUGAAACAAUCUGAUAUGGUUCCACGGAUAAUGGCGGUCUCAGAAAACGAAGACCAUGGCAUUAGAGAUGCCGAGGUGUUUGAGUUGAAGGAUAGAGGCCAAACAUCUGACAUGGCAGGGUCAGCCCCAGUGGAAAGCCACUACAGUCCGGUACAAGCACCAAUAGCUGAGACCAACUUAGAUGUUGAGGAUGAUCUUUCUUGUGAUGAUUCUCGGCAGUUGUUGUCACCUGACCAAAACUCUGAUGAUGCAUCAGUCAUUGAUGAUGAAGGAGAGGUCUACAAUAUCAACUCACUCUUGCAGUCUUUGCCUGGUGAGGAGUCAUCCAUAAGUAUCGUGUCCCAGGUGACCUUACCGUUCAUCAUUGCAGGUUUCGGUAUGGUGGGCGCUGGCAUGGUUUUAGACAUUGUCCAGCAUUGGACAGUGUUCACACAAGUAAAAGAGAUCUUUAUUUUGGUACCAGCAUUGCUGGGUCUCAAAGGUAAUCUGGAGAUGACGCUUGCUUCUCGACUAUCAACGCAAGCUAAUUUAGGUCACAUGGAUUCCAGGAAGGAACUGCUGAAGAUGGUUGGUGGCAACUUGUCUCUCAUUCAAGCUCAGGCUAUAGUUGUGGGCUUUUUGUCCUCUUUAACUGCCAUGGUUCUUGGCUGGAUACCCAAAGGAGAUUUCAACAUCCAGCAUGGGCUCCUCCUGUGUGCCAGCAGUGUUUUCACUGCAGCGUUAGCUAGUUUAAUAUUAGGUUCUAUAAUGGUUCUAGUUGUUUUACUGUCUCGCUACUUCAAAAUAAAUCCUGAUAAUGUUGCUACACCCAUAGCUGCCAGCUUAGGUGAUCUUGUUACACUAUCAAUAUUAGCCUGGGUAGGGAAUCUUUUAUAUGAAGCAAUAGGCCAACAAGUUUGGUUAGCACCAACCAUUAUUGUAGUAUUUGCACUUCUGCUGCCACUGUGGGUUGUAAUCUGUAUACGAAAUAAAUAUACAAAUGAUGUUAUAUAUUCAGGGUGGGUUCCUGUCUUGAGUGCAAUGAUGAUAUCAAGUCUAGGUGGCUUGAUUCUAGAUUUUACUGUGGCUAACUAUGAUGGUAUUGCUGUCUUUCAGCCUGUAAUUAACGGUGUUGGUGGGAACUUAGCUGCUGUCCAUGCCAGUAGAAUCAGUACUUCACUUCACCAAAAAGGUAGACCAGGGGGUCCUGUUAGAGAUGCUCACCUUAAAGGAUGCCUUAAUAUUUUCAAAGUCUUUUUUGGAUCAGGUGUCCACUCCAAAGCUGCCAGAGUUUUAACCCUACUGGUUAUUCCUGGCCAUCUACUGUUUUCAUUCACCAUAUUCUACCUACGAGCAGGUCACACAUCUAGUUCAUUGUUGUUCCAGUGUUUUUAUUUGUCGGCUGCCUUAUUGCAAGUGGUGCUGCUGAUCUACAUAGCCACGUGGUUAGUUCCCUUGAUCUGGGUGAAAGGUUCAGAUCCAGAUAAUGUUGCCAUCCCUUAUUUGACCGCCAUUGGUGACCUUCUGGGGACAGCAUUCCUGGCUGUUGCUUUUCACUUUUUGUUCUUGCUAGGAGACAGAGAUGCUGAUGUUUCAGAAUAACACUUUAACUAUCGUACCACAAACAACAAUUGUUUUCAAAUGUACAAAUGUAAGACAUUUUCAUCAAAUGGUUAGGCAGUUAAAGAGUUAAUAUGAACUCAUGAAUUGGAAAUGGCUCAUGUUAUUUGGCCAGUAAAACAAGGAUUGGAAAGAUUUAUCUUUUUAAAAUGUAGUUCUCCUAACUUGAAAUCUGUGAUAAACAUUACUGUAGUUACACAUAGACUAGUGUUGAAAUAAUGUGUUAGUCUCAUUGUUGAGCUUGCAUUCAUGUUACAGUAUAGACAUUUCUGAGUCUAAUAACACUUGUUAUACAAAGAAUUAUGUUUAUACUGAGUGUUUACAGUGUGGUACAUAUAAAUGCAUUGUGAUGCAGUAAUCAUUUUAACUUUAUGUUGAGCCAUGUUUGUGUGUUUAUAUGCAUAAAGUAUAAUGUAAUUAUGAUUAUUCCAUUAUAAGAUGGAAUUGUAUUUUACUACUAUUCCAUAUAUUUAGAACCCAUUAUUUAUUAGGGCUUUUUCUAUUCCUUUAAAAAUUCAAUGUUUUAAGGGGUUUUUGUCAUUACAUUAAAUAAAUUAAUCUAAAUAAGAAUUUUUUGUAGUCUUGAAGUUUCCCAAUAUCAAAUACCAACUAUGAUGUAUAAUGGGAUUGCCAUAUGUUUAAAUGCCAUCAUUGAUAGAUUAACUGUUGGUACUGAUUGAGGUAAUUAAUAAAUAGCCAUGUUGAUCAUGCUGCUGGAAAGCACAGCGCUGGUACAGAAUGACUGGUUAAAUAUUUUAAACAAAUGAGUGGCCAGUUUAGAAUUAAAGAAAAACAGUCCUAUAAAAGUUAAUUUAUUUUAAUGCUCCUAGUAUUGUAUGUAUGAGAACAUGCUAAAACUUUCCUACUGAUGCAGAUUCCACUUAGCCAAGGCAAUCUGCAUCCAUUCUGUCUAUCAGCACUUUGAAAACAAAAAGUCUUCUUUAUUAAAUUCAGCAUUUUUGUGUGUGGAAACAUUUUGGCCACUUUUCUGUAUAGAUCAAGAUGUUAUUUAAAAAGUAACUAAACAAGUAAUUGAUUUACUUUUGUUUCUAUUAUAUUUUAUUAAUUUAUUGAUGUAUCUACAGAACUGCAUUUAUAAAUUUCGUGUUAUGUAACAUUCUGAUAAAUGAACGAGGGUUUAAAUCACUUUUGAUCACUCUUAAUUAAAUUGGCAAAGGGUGUGUGUGUGUGUGAAUUAAAACAGUGGGCAGAUGGGAAGUGUAGUACCCAAUAAUUCAUAUGAAUCAUUUAUUUCAUGAAAGUAUUUCUUAGCAGAAACUUACAUUAUGUGCAAUUGUUAUAACUAUAACCACAUGUAUCAUAACUUGUAUUUAUUUAAACAUUAAUCUUAUCAAAGUGUCUACUGAUUUGAUCUCAAGAAAUGGUACAGUCAGCAAAUGUAAACUAGAAACAAAUAUUGUCUGAUGUGAUUUUGUUCAGUUUUUGGUUGAUUAAAUGUGUCCUGGACAUUGAUUCAAGAUGAUAAUUAAUACUAAUAAUAAUGGCAAUGUCUUGGAUUUUGAAGAUUAUGGAUGAAUGCAGUGUUUGACAUGGCUAUGCAUAUACACAGUUGCAACCUGCAUAAUUUUCAUGUGCACUAUUUGUCAUUAAGUAUGACUCAACUUCAAGCUAAUCCAGAGUGCCCCAAAAAUCCAAUUUUGAAGACUUCAGUAUAGUUUAAAUCAACCACUAUUAAUUAUUCAAAGAAUUGUUACAAAGACUUCCCUAUGAAAAGCCUUUACUGUCUUCAAAUCCAAUCAAUUAAUUGUAUACAUUUUAUUUUGCUCUUUAUUUUACUUUUUUUCAAUCUACAAAUAUUAUUGCUUAAGCUGUGGUAUCUGGGUAUACUUAUUUGAAAACAAACUUGAUUAUAAAAAUUCAUUAGCACUAUCUUCUUAAAUCUAGGAUGCAUUUGGAUUGAGCCUUGCAUGUAUAGAUCAAUGAUGUGGUCUUCAUUGGUUUGAAUUAUGAAAAAUGAACUUAACAAAAACUCAUUCUAAAUUUAGCCAAAGAUUAUAAAUGAUAAAAUUGUGAAGCUAAGAAUUUAAAUAUUUUUUUUUAAGUUGCUGUUACAAUUAACACAGUGCAUUGAAAUCUGGCAAUGAUUUUUAACUUUAGGUGUGGGGGAAAAAAUGAAUUUUAUAUACAAAUGUGCCAAUGGAUUCUUGUAUUUUUACUUUGUUUCUAAUGUUAUUCCCAGUAUUCAGUGAUGAUUGAUGUAUCAUGUAUGUAGAACUGCUUGUGUAAUGUUCCUUCAGUAAAGUAGUCAAUGUUAAUCACAUUAAAGCUAAGUGUUCAGACUGACUCAGUGCAGAGGGUUUAUAAUUGUGGAGCUCAUUGAGUCACAAGAGGUGACUCUUCCCUCCCGUCACCUAAAUUGCAAACAUUUGUACUGGCUUUUAAAAAAAAUGUUUGUUCUUUAAAGUUUUUUUGUAAACUAAUGGAUUAAAAAAUCAUGGAUGGGUGCAAUUCUCUUGAAACUUUGGAAUUUGUUUUUUUUUCUGUGGGAGGUUGAAGAGCAACUAUAUUUAUGUUUAUGCAAAGAACAGAAGUAGGUAAGAUGUAUUACAUGCAACCCUUUCUUUGCCAUGGCCUAAAAAAAUGUCAGGGUUUUAGCUUCUAUAAAACAUUUAUCCAUGUUAUAACCUCUAAUUGUAUGUAUCCACAAUGAACUCAAUUUGUAAGUAAAACCUUAAACUUUGUUGAAACUUGAAACCACUGGUUGCCUGAAUCCACAGUAAAUUCUGCCAUUGGGUAAUUCAUUUAGCUUUUUUGUAACCACUUAUAACAUGAAUCCCCAGUGAACUCUGCUACUUUGUACAUUUUGUGAACAUGGUUUUGUUUUUCAACUGAAACAUCUCUAGGUGGACAUUAAACUGAACUGAACAUUUUCAACUUUUAAA